AUGGUCUCCCAUGGUACCCUUACAGUCAAACCGGUGAAAUACGGAGUGGAAAAACGUACCACAGGGUGGAUGGAUAAUCAGCUGGGCUGUGGGGUACAUCGGGUGUUGAUCAGCAGUGCAAAGUUCACCAAAAAGCAGCAGCAGAGGAAGGAGAAACUGGCCGCCAAGAAGAAGCGGAGAAAGGAGCGAGAAGCCCUCGGAGACAAAGCACCUCCAAAAGCCGUGCCAAAGACUAUUGAAAAUCAGAGAGAGUAUGAUGAAACAACUGUAGAUCCCAAUGAUGAAGAGGUUGCUUUUGAUGAAGCAACGGAUGAAUUUGCACCAUACUUCAACAGACAGACAGUUCCCAAGAUUCUUAUUACAACAUCAGACAGACCUCGUGGGAGAACAGUGAGAUUCUGUGAACAACUGGCUACUGUUAUACCUAACUCGCAUGUCUACUAUCGAAGAGGACUGGCUUUGAAAAGAAUUAUUCCACAGUGUAUUGCAAGGGACUUCACGGAUUUAAUCGUCAUUAAUGAAGAUCGCAAAAUACCAAAUGGCCUUCUGCUAAGUCAUCUGCCUGAUGGUCCAACCGCUCAUUUUAGAAUGAGUAGUGUCCGUUUGCGUAAAGAAAUAAAGCGAAAAGGCAAAGAGCCCACAGAACACGUACCUGAAAUAAUCCUGAAUAAUUUUACAACACGACUAGGCCAUUCUGUUGGUCGCAUGUUUGCGUCUCUCUUCCCACAUGAUCCUCAGUUCAUUGGAAGACAAGUAGCUACAUUUCACAACCAAAGAGACUACAUCUUUUUCAGAUUCCACAGAUAUAUCUUCAAGAGUGAAAAGAAAGUAGGAAUUCAAGAACUUGGGCCACGUUUUACAUUAAAGCUGAGGUCUCUUCAAAAAGGAACCUUUGAUUCCAAAUUUGGAGAAUAUGAAUGGAUUCAUAAGCGCCGAGAAAUGGACACAAGUAGAAGAAAAUUUCACUUGUAAGAGCCAGCUGUCUGCCAGUUGCUGGUGACCAGAAAUACAACUGCUUUGAACUAUGGAUUAUCUCAGACUCCUAACUAAUGAUGAUACUGAACAGUAUCUUACUGCAGAAAGACAAACUGCAAACAUUAAAAGUUUCUACAGAAGCAGAUCAAGUUGGACGCAUCUUUCUUUCCGAUGUAGCUAAAUCCAACAUGACAAGGAUGGUGACUCCAGUUUAGCAGGAAAAAACUAUGGCAGUGUCAGAGCAGUCUAUAAUUUAGCUAUUACUGAAGACUUGCCAUGACUGCUGCUGUGUUGUAGAGACAAAUUACAUUUUCCAACAUCAAAGACAGUAAAUAUUUUGGUUAAAGAUACUCUCAAAAUAAAGUAUUUCUAGUUA